UCCAGAUGAGAUUUCACAGCACACCGACACCGUAAUAUUUUCAGUACGAUAUUACACUAUAAAAGUAUAAGAGUCGAAAAGUAUAUUUUUCUACCGAGCAGAAAAUAUUCGCAAAGUUUCUAAUCAUGCCUCUUAAACGGUGAUGUUUACUAGUAGUAAUACUAAGAGUAUUAGUACUAGGCAGUUGUAAUGAAUAAUUAGGUUUCACGUAACUGAGCGCUUGGCAAUGUGUUUUUGCUACAAGUAUAACAUUAAGUUUAACAGCCGAAAUUCGUUAACCGGAUUAGUACAGUGUUCUUGUAAUCAUGGUACAUACAAACAGAAAACUGAAAAGUUGUUAGCAGGUGCUGUUCAAGAAAGAAAACUAGAUUCCUGCCCUCCCUCUUUAAAAAAAGAAAAUUGAGGUGGUUGUAAAAUGUCUUCUCUGUAACAAGCAGUUUAAAAAGUAAAAAAACAAAGAUAUCAGCAGGUACUGCCAGCCAGCUGAAUUUUGUCUAGUCAGCAGUCCAAAAAGGAAAAAAGAUCCCCCCCUCCCCUAAAAAAAGAAAACAAAGUUGGAGAUGGGUGCUGCCAGACAGUUAUCUUCCCUCUAGUCAGCAGUUUGCCAGCUGGUUGCUUUCCUUCUGUUAAGCAAUUCAAAAAGAAGAAAAGACCAUCUCCCCAAAAAAGAAAAAGUUUGAGGCUAAGUGUUAUAAUUAAGAAUACAAAGGGAGAUACACUGCUUUAACCAUGGAAGUAUUAAACACUGACGUUGAACUCUCUUCUGAUGAGGAGUGGAAUGAUUUGUUGGAUGUCAAAUUGGUUAAAUGUGAAGAUGAAACUAUAGAAACAUCAUCUAACACAACUGGGAAAGCUGCUACUGUAGAAGGAGGAUCUUCAAUUGCCAUUUUUGAAUUUGGUGUAGUAAAAGAGGAGGAAGAAGAGAUCUGCAAUGAAACAACCGAGAAAAAUAAGAACAUUUGUGUCCCUGAUGUGUUAGAAGAAGAUGAGGUUAUUUCUGAGUUUAGUGAAAGUGAUGAUGAUGAUCUGCAUUGUUCCAAAGAUAAUACUUUGAGUGUGAAAAAAGAAAUUGAAUUUCAAGAAGAAUUGCAAGAAGUUGAUUCUGGGUUAGAAGAUCCAAAGACAUUUGUAAAUAGCCAGUGUGGAAGACAGUUUCUUGUGGAUCAGACUCCAAAUACAGAGAGAAGCAACACUCAGAAACUCAGCAGUGAUGGUUUGUUUGGUAAAACACUUAUAAGAGAAAAUGACUUUAAAAAAUGUCAUGUUCCCUGUGUUGGAGAUAAACUAUACAGUUGUUUUGUGUGUGGUCAAGAAUAUGGCAGUAAAGGUCAACUUGACAUGCAUGUGAGGGUGCAUACGGAGGAAAAACCAUACAGUUGUGUAGCUUGUGGAAAAAACUUUAAAAAUAAUAGUAACCUAAAACUGCAUCAGAGAACACACACUGGGGAAAAACCAUAUAGUUGUAUUGUGUGUGGGAAAGAAUUUGGAACAAGUAGUAACCUAAAAUCACAUGAGAAGACACACACAGGAGAGAAGCCGUAUACUUGUGUAGUGUGUGGCAAAGAAUUUUUAACAAAUUGUCACCUAAAAAGGCAUCUGAGGACACACACUGGGGAGAAACCUUACAGUUGUGUUGUGUGUGGGAAAGAAUUUGGUAGUAUUAGUAACCUAAAAUCACAUGAAAAGGUACACACUGGAGAGAAACCAUACAGUUGUGUAGUCUGUAGCAAAAAAUUUAGAAGUAAUAGUAACCUAAAAUUACAUGAAAGAAUACAUACUGGUGAGAAACUGUACAGUUGUUUAGUGUGUGGCAAAGAAAUUGGAACAUAUAGUAACUUAAAAUCACAUGAGAAGAUACACACUGGAGAGAAGCCAUACAGUUGUGUAGUUUGUGGCCAUCAGUUUAGAAGUAAUAGUAACCUAAAAUUACAUGAGAAGGUACAUACUGGUGAGAAACCAUACAGUUGCAUUGUAUGUGACAAAGAAUUUAGUAGCAGUAGUGACCUCAAAAAACAUCAGCGUAUUCACACUGGAGAGAAACCAUACAACUGUGUUGUGUGUGGCAAAAAAAUUUGCAACAAACAGUAACUUAAAAGAACAUCUGAAGAUACACACUGGGGUGAAACCCUACAAGUGUGUAAUGUGUGACAAAGUAUUUGGAAGCAGUAGUAACUUAAAAAAACAUGAAAAAGUACACACUGGAGUAAAACAAUAAUUUAUUUUGUGUGUAGCAGAGAUUUUCACAAGAAAUAUUUGGAGAAAAACAAUAUAGUUGUGUUUGUGGUAAAGAACUUGGUAUGACUAGUCAACUAAACUUGAUGAUGCAUAUUGAAAAUACAUUAUAUAACUGUAUAGACUGCAACAAAUAAUUUAGAGCUAAUGUUACACUAAAAAGUGUGAGGUAUCAAACACUAGAGAAAAAUUAUAAAGAUGUAAUGUAUAAGCAGUAAUUAUACAUCAGAAGAUCCACAGUGGAAAAAUACCAUUUAGUUUUCUCUUGAGUGGUGGAAGUAAUUAUAACCUAAAACUAUAUUAUUUGUUCUAUGCUGAUGACAAAUGAUACAACUGCUUUGUGUUUGACUGGGAAUUCAGUUACAUUCACCUCUACUUAGACAUCAGGUCAAUAAUUAUACAUUUUUUUUUAAAGAUGUGAAGCAAAGGGCUUUAAAGACAAAGUUAUGUACCUAAAGUUAUACAUCACAAAUCUUAAAAUACUAACUUAUUACAAUUGUCUAAACAACAAAAGAUGUGUAUAGAAUUGUUUGUAAUGUAUUCAGUCUUUAUUAUUGGUCCAAACUUGUUUCAUAGAAUGGUGAAAGUUACAUUGUUAUACAAGGAUUUAUUUUUCAUAAAACUUUACUUUUCUUACAUAAUAUUCUGAGGUUCUAAAUAUAAAUAUGUAUCAGGUGUAUAUUGUCAAAUUACAAAGUGUAAGGUAGUUAAAAAAUAUAAUCUACCAAAAGACUGAAUAAAUCAUGUUUACAGUUGUUAAAUGAUUAAUACUUCAUGUAGUGUGCAUGAUCCUUUAACGUUUGUUUAACUCUUAUUUAUUAACCUGUUGGGUUUAUUCAGGAACAUAUUUGUUGGUUCAAAUAUCCUGAUAUUUAUAGUCCAGUAUAAAUUAAUGUUAUUGUACCCUUAGAAUGACCUUAAAUCUACAAAAAAUAUUUUGAAUAACUUCAAUGUAAACCUUGCAUGUUUAUCUUUAUUAUUUUGUAUACUUUACAGAUCACCUAGUAUCACAAUGGAUUGAUAGAUCAGAAACUUUUUUACUCUUAGCAGCAUAGAAUUAGCACCAUUGCUGGUUUUCAUUAGUUAAUAAAAGAAUAAAAAUAAUUUCACGAAUAUUUGUUUGAAGACAGCUUACUAACUUUGAAUACUUAGUGCUAUGAAUCUUUAUUAUAUAGCUUUUACAGAUAAUUAAGAAAAUAAAGUUAUAUCUAAACUCCUGUUAAACAUUUACCCAAAGAACCAAGACCUCAUUUUGGAGGUAAAAGACGUUGGUCCGGGUUUAAAAUAUUGGCAUUUUCCUUUUAUAACUAUGACCCAUAUUUAGUUGAUUCAAAUGAAGUCCAGAAAAACCACAAAACACCAAAUGCAAAACAAUUCAUGAGUUGGCUUCUUCAUGGUUAUGCUUUAGUGCUUGGACAUCCUAGGUGCUUUCAUUUAUGACCACAGUCUUGUCCUCCUCCUGAAAGAUAAAAUUCUGUUGUGAUUUAUACAGAGAAUAGAUCUUUUUGACCAUAAUGUACAAAAGAAACAUUGUAAUAAAGCCUUGUUUUCUAGA